ACAUUGAUAUUAUUCGAAAGCCCCAGGGUUGAUUUAAAAGGUUUUUGGAACAACCUUUCUCUCCUGCGAGUACUUAGUCUACAAGGUGUAAAUGUUGUCGAGCUACCUGACUCGAUAAGCAACCUCAGACAUUUAAGGUACUUGGGACUUGCAGGUACAAGCAUAUCUGGGAUCCCACAAGGAAUAGGUGAUCUGAUGUUUAUGCAGUUCAUCGAACUUGCAGAUUGUGUAAAAAUUUCUCAUGUUCCAGAUAGCAUCUUGAAGCUGCGAAAGCUAAGGUAUAUCAACUUUGCUGGCACCAACAUAGCAUCAAUUCCUCGUGGAUUUGGGAAGCUGGAAGAUUUGGUCAUGAUAUCUGGGUUUCCAACUCAUUCAGAUGAUAAUACAGAUCAAGUAUGGUCCAGUCUGGAAGAACUAGGGCCUUUGUCGAGACUCACAAUGCUUGUCAUAGAAAGUUUGGAGAAGGCAUCUUCUGGUUCUGUGGCCGCUAGAGCAAAACUUAGUAGUAAAGCCCACCUAAGAAUUUUGAACCUGGGAUUUACACAGAAUAGGGAGGUGGAAGAGCAAAACAAUGGGGAGCAAGAGAGAAUCGAGGAGGUUUUGGGUAAUCUCUGUCCUCCAACCUGCAUAGAACAGCUUGCCAUCAUUGGAUACUUUGGACACAAACUUCCCCAGUGGAUGAGAAUGGUGCCAGUCUUUACCUUCUUAAAGCGGCUUGAGCUAUCAAGUUACGCUUGCUAUGAGCUGCCUUCUGGCUUAGGCCAACUCCCCUCUCUUGACUAUUUUUGGGUUGACCAAGCUCCAUUCAUCAAGUAUAUCGGUCAUGGUCUUCGCAUGCCCUCAAUUGGUGGUCGGGACAUCGGCCUAGAUAAGACACUUUCUGGUGGUGCUGCUGUUGUUGCAUUUCCCAAGCUGAGAAAACUUGGGUUUCAGGGGAUGUUGGGACUGACAGAGUGGGAAUGGGAGCAGCAAAUCCCAGCUAUGACAACUUUAGAGGUGCUUACAAUUGUCAAUUGUCAGCUCAAGUAUCUCCCUCCUGGACUUGCACAUCAUGCAAAUGCACUGCGGGAGUUGGAUCUAAGAAACCUCUCGCACCUGGUCUCCAUACACAACUUCCCUUCACUCGUUGAGCUUCGCAUAGUUGACAACCGAACACUAGAGAGAAUCUAUAACAAUCCAAAUUUGCAGCAUAUUUACAUCGUUAGCUGCCCAGGGCUAAAGGUAUUGGAAGAUUUGCCAUCACUCCAGAGCAUCGAAUGGGUGGAUGUGACUGCUCAAGUGCUCCCAGAUUACUUCCGGCACUCAAAGUUAGAGAAGUUGAUUGUACAAUGCUACAUAAGCUUGCUCAAACUGAUAUCCUUACAAGAUGCCAACUCUUCGGAAUCCGAGUGGGGAAAGAUCCAGCAUGUUCACCAACUAAAAGCAACUGGGUACAUAUCAGCAGAAGAGACACGAUAUAUCUCCUACACCAAGGAGCCCUACUCCUACAAAACAGACAUUGAACGACUGGAUGAAUUUGUAAAUGUGGUGGUUGAAUAAUAGAGAAACAAUAUCAUGAAGGAAGAACCGUCGGCCUUUUUUACUUAUGUCGUGACAUAUCAUAUUUUUCAAGAGGUGCAUAUGGUCAAAGGGCAUGCAUUUUUUUUACUGGUAUAUGCAAAAUAGCAGUACUGUGCAUCGUUCUUUUUAUGUAUUUUGAAUUCUCCUUGUUUUGCAGUGUCUAG